AUGGCUAUGAUGUUGAACUUAGAGAGCGAAGAAGUAAAUAAGAAAAACAAUUCAGGGGUUAAUGAUGGAGUAUUAAAUUUUCUUGAAAAAGAUCUUUGUGAUUGUCUUAUUGAAAACUGUCCCGGAUGUCAUUUCCCCUGUUUAAAAUGUCGUUCCUAUAAAUGUGGUGCCGAGUGCAGAAAAUGGGUAUAUGAAGAAGUAGAAAAUGAAAGUGAUGCUUAUGUGACUAGAACCGAUAAUUUAAUGCAAUCUGUUUAA